AAGCCUUUGUUGGGGUACAAGGGCCGUACAUCUACGAGGGUUUUUUAGGGUCGCAGCGGUGGCGACUGGUCACGCGCGUGCCUUUCGUCUGAUUGGAGCCAGUGAUGGCAGACAAGAAGGAUGACAAAGACGCCAUCUCCUCCAAGACGCCGGAGGGCGGUAAAGAUUCGAUGCCAACACCUUUGAGCGGGCAAGAAACUCCGGAUGACAAGGACAAGAAGAAGAAAGAUAAAGCUGGGAGCGCCAAGGGUGCGAAGGACACCAAAGGAACCAAGUCGGAAGUCUACAAGAGCAGCUCCGUGGGAGGCGCCGCCGAGGAGGUCUUGGCAGAGGAUGGAGAGGAAGUGCAUCAAGCUACUCCUAUUUCCAAGGUGGGACUUGAAACACCAUCGAAGGAUGAGAAGAAGGACAAGGAGAAGAGCAAGUUUCAGAGCAAGCACGGCUUUGCCGCAAAGAUGGCCCAGAAGCGCGGAAAGGACAAGGAGAAGGGCGAUAAGGAUAAGGGCGACAAGGACAAAACCAAGGCCAAGGAUAAGAACAAGGAUAAGACACAGAAGAACAAGAACAAACCCGGUGGCAAGAAGAAUCCCAAGAAGGCCUCCGGCAGCAAGCCUCGCAAGAGCAAGCCGGGCAAGCCCAAGAACUUGAAACGCACCGGAGGUCGCAAGCCAGGGAAGAAGGAUAAGGACAAAGAGAACAAAGAGAAGUCCGACAAGCCCAAGACCGACAAGGAAGAGAAGGACAAAAAGAAUGAGAAUCAAAAGAAACAAGAGGAGAAGAAGAAUGAUCCCAAGGUGGACAAAGCUGAGAGGAGCAUCAAGAAGCCUGGAAAGCGUCAGAAGGAUGGUACUGACCUUGAAGGUGAAGUGACUCCUGUGACUGUCGACAAGAGGAAGGACCGAGGUAGCAGAAAGAAUUCGAAGCUGAGCCAAGUGAAGAAGUCCAAGGCCAAGCCGACGAGCUCGCGGCGCGCGGGUUGCAUCUUCCCGGUGGCGCGGAUCCAUCGAUUUCUCAAGUCGUACGCGACAGCCAAGUGCCGAGUGGGUGGCUCUGCUGGCAUUUUCACAGCAGCGGUGAUGGAGUACUUGGCUGCCGAGGUGCUCGAAUUGGCCGGCAACGUGUGCCAGGACUACCACCUGAAGCGCAUUACUCCCCGGCAUUUGCAGAUCGCCAUCCGUGGCGACGAAGAGCUCUCCAGUCUCGUGAAGGCCACCAUUGCUGGUGGUGGUGUGGUGCCGAACAUCAACAAAGCUUUGUUCCCGGGCAUCCGGCUUCGAGAAUCCGAGACUUACAAGGCCAAGGCCUCCACGCGUCGCACGCAGCACAUGGAGCCGGGGGAAGACUUGACAGCCACUCCCUCCUCGAGAACCUCCAGAUCUGCGCGAGGUUCCCGUGCUUCUCGGAACAUGAUCGACAAGACGUCGCCCGAAGGGCCUGGGAAGGGCGAGUAUUGAGUUCUGGGACGACGUGAGGGAGAUCGCUGCAUGGAAUUGAUCGCGUCGAGGGUGAGAGAGAGAGAGAGAGCUUGGUGCUGAAGAGUCGAGGUUUCAAUGUGAAUGCAUUUCGCAAGGGACCUGCCAUGGUGCACCUGCCAUGCAAAGAGCAGACAAGCACCAGAGCCCCUGAGCUUUGUGUCCGAA